AUGCCAUACAACUGCUGCCUGCCCGCCAUGAGCUGCCGCACCAGCUGCUCUUCCCGGCCCUGUGUGCCCCCCAGCUGCCAUGGCUGCACCCUGCCGGGGGCCUGCAACAUCCCCGCCAAUGUGGGCAACUGCAAUUGGUUCUGUGAGGGCUCCUUCAAUGGCAAUGAGAGGGAGACCAUGCAGUUCCUGAAUGACCGCCUGGCCUCCUAUAUGGAGAAGGUGAGGCAGCUGGAGAGAGAGAAUGCAGAGCUGGAAUGUAGGAUCCAGGAGAGGAACCAGCAGCAGGACCCCCUGGUGUGUCCUGCCUACCAGGCCUACUUCAGGACCAUUGAGGAGCUGCAGCAGAAGAUUCUCUGUGGCAAGUCUGAGAAUGGCAGGCUGGUGGUGCAGAUCGACAAUGCCAAGCUGGCUGCUGAUGACUUCAGGACCAAGUAUGAGUCAGAGCUGUCCCUGAGGCAGCUGGUGGAGUCAGACCUCAAUGGCCUGCGCAGGAUCCUGGAUGAACUGACCCUUUGCAAGUCUGAUCUGGAGGCACAGGUGGAGUCCCUGAGGCAGGAGCUGCUGUGUCUCAAGCAAAACCAUGAGGAGGAAGUCAACACCCUGCGCUGCCAGCUUGGAGACCGCCUCAACGUGGAGGUGGACGCUGCUCCCACCGUGGACCUGAACCGCAACACCCUGACAGAGAGUGAGGCUCGCUACAGCUCCCAGCUGUCCCAGGUGCAGUGUCUGAUCACCAACGUGGAGUCCCAGCUUGGUGAGAUCCGGGCUGACCUGGAGCGUCAGAACCAGGAGUACCAGGUGUUGCUGGAUGUCAAGGCCCGGCUGGAGUGUGAGAUCAACACAUACAGGGGCCUGCUGGAGAGCGAGGACUGCAAGCUGCCCUGCAACCCCUGUGCCACCACCAAUGCCUGUGACAAGCCCAUUGGACCCUGUGUCACAAACCCUUGUGUCACACGCUCCCGAUGUGGACCCUGCAAUUCCUUUGGCUGCUAA